GGUAAAACAGAAAAUGCUACUCUUGGUUGUUAUUAUAUUUGGAAUCAAUAUUGGUAGUAUCUGUACAUCAGCUACCGAGAAGCAGCGAUCGUCCACGUCUUGCACGUGUGAGCUGUGCCAACACGUUGCCCGCGAUAUCAUCUCCGCCAUAGAUCCGACCGUCGAUCCCUGCGUGGAUUUCUACGCUUACGCCUGUGGCCGUUGGAAUACCAGCGAUCCUUAUGAUUAUGGUCAAUUCGGCAUUCUCCUGGCUAAGAUUCCUGGUCAGCUUCAAGAACUUUUCGACAGCGGGAAGUACAGCAAUCCAACUGAAAAGAAAGCCAUAGAUAUAUAUAAACAGUGCAUCAACCAGACGCACGAUAUUUCCCCAGAAUCCCGCGACCUAACCUUGUUGCGAACUGUGGACAACUUGCUGGGCGGAUGGUCACUGCUCAAUGGACAUUCCAAUGUGUCCACCUUUCACCUGGAAGACACUCUCAUUCGUCUUCAGCAGAACAACAUCCAGACCUUCGGCCUUCUGCACGUAGACGACAAUAACCUGUCCAGCGACGAGCAGAUCCUGUACUUCAUGGCCCCCGAACGUCUCGUGAUGCGGGCCGCCCGGUGGGAGUCCGAUGCACUGGACAGCGCCCAUGUCAACGACACCAUUAAUAACACAUUCGCGAAACUGUUCCAAGCAUGGAUUCCUUUCGUGCAAAGUUUAAUUAAUGCCACCAAUAGGAGCGUACAACGGUCCACUGUUGAAAGCCGGCUGGAGAGAGCCAUAUGGUUAGAAGCGGUGCUGAAUGCGGGUGCAAAAGGAGACCUGGACCGGCGGAAGCGCAUAACGUUCUGCGACCUUUCGACAUCGCCUUACCGUUCAAUGUUUCUAGCCAACUUUCUGCCGCUCUUCAAUGCCAUGCUGAGAGCUUCCAAGGUGGAUUUUCAAGCCACAACGGCCACAAAGUUAGGCGACACCAAAACAGGGUAUCUUUUGCAUCUGGACGAAACGAUGGCGGAGCUGGAAGCGGAAGGGAACGCGGGACGGACGACAAUUGCCGAUUGGUUAUGGUUUGCCGCCGUCCAUUAUUAUCUCAAUCAACGGACGGACCAGUGCGUGGAUCUGGUGAAAGCGAGCAUGCCGCUGACCGUCUCGGGCUUGUUCUUCAAGGCGUACAUUGGGGAUAGUACUCUACAGAAGGCGAAAACGUUGACGUCGGAAAUUAAUAUCGGAGUUCGCGAUGCUGUCCUUCUAAAAGCGGACUGGAUGGACCGCACAACGCAGGACGCAGCGGUGGACAAGCUGAACCAUACACUCCGGAUGGUCGGUUAUCCUGAAGAGUUCUUGCGCAACUGGACAAUCCUUGACAAACUUUACGCAAAGGCCAGUAGAGACUUCGGUAAAAACGGCAAACCAUUUAACUGGUGGACGAAUGAGACACAGUGCAACUACAAUGCGAGAAAGUACACCUUAGUGGAUUUUUACAACAACUUCAGUACGCCCAACAAUAGUGUGGAUGGACGGCGAACACUCAACGAGAACAUCGCCGACAAUGGCGGAAUUCGUGCUGCAUACCUGGCUUUUCAUAAUUUUAUGAGCCGCACAGGGUACCGCAUCAAAUUGCCGGGCUUGGAAGAAAUGACUGAAGAUCAACUGUUCUGGUUGGUAGCUGCACAGAAAUCCUGCACACGUGAUCCGAAAUUGGAGGACUCCGAACACGCACCGCCUCGCUUUCGUGUGCUCGGACCGCUCAUGAACAAUCCGGAUUUCGGUUCAGCUUACAACUGUUCGCUGGGAUCACCGAUGAACCCCUGGGUUAAGGCGUGGGCGUCGAUCUGCAAUGAAAACAUGGAGCGUUAUGGUCUACAUACAAAUGCAACGACGUUCACCACUGCCUUAUCGUCCGAAGCGCCAGCGAAGUUACUCUACAUCAUCAAAAUAGAAAGUUGA